GUGCCUGUGCGCGUGCGCAUCGCCCGUCGGGCGCCGGGAACUGCGGCUGCGCGGGCUGCACCAGGUGCAGCUCACAACCGAGCGCCUGAAAACCACACCCUGGAUGUUGUUUCCUAGACCUUUUAAGGUGUUUUAAACCACAGUGACCAUACCUGCUGGGCUUGUUGUGGUCUGUUACAGGAAAGGUGCUGACCCUCUGAAUCUCAACCAUGCUGUCAGACGGCUUGCAAAGUUUCCUAAGGAUUACCAAAUGUCAUCUGAUACGUGCAGGAUCAUGCCAGCGAUUAAUAAAUGAAAGGCGGUUCUUGGCAACCGCGCCAGCACCCGGAUUGCGUCGGCGAGUCGUCGUCACCGGCAUCGGUUUAGUGACCCCUCUUGGCGUUGGAACUCAGCUGGUGUGGGACCGCCUUGUCCGGGGAGAGAGUGGAAUAGUCUCCCUGAUUGGCGAGGAGUACCAGAGCAUUCCGUGCAGCGUUGCCGCUUAUGUGCCAAGAGGUUGUGAUGAAGGGCAGUUCAACGAGCAAAACUUUGUGCCCAAGUCAGAUACCAAGGCCAUGUCGCCUCCCACGGUGAUGGCCAUCGCGGCCGCUGAGUUAGCCUUAAAAGAUGCGGGCUGGCACCCUCAAUCAGAAGCUGAUCAGGCGGCUACAGGUGUCGCAAUCGGCAUGGGAAUGGUUCCUCUGGAGGUGAUUUCCGAAACCGCUUUGACGUUUCAGACCAAAGGUUACAGUAAAGUCAGCCCAUUCUUCGUCCCUAAGAUUCUGGUCAACAUGGCAGCAGGCCAGGUCAGCAUCCGCCAUAAGCUCAAGGGCCCCAACCACGCGGUCUCCACGGCCUGCACCACCGGGGCUCACGCGGUGGGAGACUCGUUCAGGUUCGUAGCCCACGGAGAUGCGGACGUGAUGGUGGCCGGGGGAGCAGAUGCUUGCAUCAGCCCCCUGUCCCUCGCUGGGUUCGCCAGAGCUCGCGCUCUGAGCACAAACGCGGAUCCGAAGUCCGCCUGUCGGCCGUUUCACCCCCAGAGGGACGGGUUUGUAAUGGGAGAAGGCGCGGCCGUGCUGGUCCUGGAGGAACACGGGCAUGCGCUCCGCAGAGGGGCCCGGGUCUACGCCGAGAUCGUGGGCUACGGACUCUCCGGGGAUGCCGGCCACAUAACCGCCCCCGACCCUGGAGGAGAGGGUGCCUUCAGAUGCAUGGCCGCUGCUGUAAAAGAUGCAGGCAUCCAACCUGAGGAGGUAACCUACAUCAACGCACACGCUACUUCCACGCCUCUGGGAGACGCUGCUGAAAACAAAGCUAUCAAACAGCUUUUCAAAGACCACGCGCGCGCCCUUGCCGUCUCCUCCACCAAGGGGGCCACGGGGCACCUCCUGGGGGCUGCCGGGGCGGCCGAGGCCGCCUUUACCGCCCUGGCUUGUCAUCAUCGGAAACUGCCGCCUACUUUAAACCUGGACUGCACAGAGCCGCAGUUUGAUCUCAAUUACGUGCCACUCAAGGCACAGGAAUGGAAAGCUGAGAAAAGACGAAUUGCGCUCACUAAUUCCUUUGGUUUCGGCGGUACUAAUGCAACACUUUGUAUUGCUGGCAUGUAGGACAAAUCACUUGUAAUUAAAUAUUGAUGUUUUUAA